AUGAAACCGGUGUUUGUGGUUGUGUUUUUCUCAAUAUUAUUUCAUUCCGGCCUUAGCAUACUUAAUACGGGAGUACAAUUGAGGAUAGAAGAACUCUUCGAUACUCCAGGCCAUACUAAUAAUUGGGCUAUCUUAGUGUGUACAUCAAGAUUUUGGUUUAACUACCGUCAUGUCUCUAAUGUAUUAGCAUUGUAUCAUACAGUGAAACGGUUAGGCAUCCCGGACAGCAACAUCAUAUUGAUGCUGGCCGAAGAUGUUCCUUGCAAUCCUCGCAAUCCUAGACCAGGAACGGUUUAUGCAGCUCGUGCUGGAAAUAACUUGUACGGUGGUGACGUGCAAGUUGAUUACAGAGGGGAAGAUGUAACGGUAGAGAACUUCAUCCGUGUGUUAACAGGAAGACACUAUGCUUCUACUCCAAGGAAUAAGCGAUUACUAACAGAUCAUCAGAGUAAUGUUCUGGUUUACUUAACUGGUCAUGGAGGAGACAGUUUUUUGAAAUUCCAAGAUGCAGAAGAGUUGACCAAUGUUGAACUGGCUUACGCCAUACAAACAAUGUUUGAGGAUAACAGAUACCACGAGCUCUUACUCAUUGCGGACACGUGUCGAAGUGCUUCAAUGUAUGAAUGGGUGAACUCUCCGAAUGUCCUAUCAACCAGUAGUAGUUUGACUCAUGAAGAAAGUUAUUCUUAUGAUGUAGAUCCCGAAAUAGGUGUUUAUGUUAUUGAUAGGUAUACGCAUUUCACCAUUGACUUCCUCAAGAAGAAGGCACAAAGUGUCAACUCUACAGCAACGCUACAAGACUAUCUAGACUCUUGUCCACCGAAAGAUUGCUUAAGUACUGUCGGUGUUAAAACAGAAACAUAUCCUAAAGAUACUAAGAGGGUACGAGCUACUGAUUUCUUCGGGUCCUCUCGUAUGAUUCGACAUAUCACAGAAGAUAUCGCAGUGGAUAGCGAGUGGCUCAGCUAA